AAGCCCAUGAGCCCUUACAUUUUGGUGUCUGUUCCUCUACACACCUGAAUAAUACAAACCAAAACCAAGCAAACAAACCAGACAAAGCAUCGAUCACCAGAAAAAACCUGUUCAUGGUAGCAGAAAUUUGCACACAACAAGAAACCCUAUUCCCACUUUGAUGGGAACAGUGCUUUGGGAACCAGGGUUUCAGGUUUUGGAAUUAGGAGGAGUGUUUAUAUGAUCUGGGUUUUGCUUGAAAGUUCAAAUUUUGACGAGGAUUCAGAUUUGGCAAAUUUAAGUAACUUUUGGGAGGUAUAAAACUAUGUCGCCUAAUCAAAGUUAUACUCGAAUCAACACUUUAGAACUCAAAGCUUUGAUAGUUAAAAAGAUUGGGCAUGAAAGAGCAGAAAAGUACUUUGAUCAACUGACAAGAUUGUUUAGUUUUAAGAUUACCAAGUCUGAAUUUGAUAAGUUUUGUGUUAGGAUUAUUGGUAGGGAGAAUAUCCCUCUUCACAACCACCUUAUUAGAUCAAUUGUCAAGAAUGCUUGCCUUUCUAAAGUUCCCCCGCAGAAAGCAAUUAAAAGACAAGCAAGUAGUCUUAAUGUUAAAACUGCAAAUGGGUAUCAUAAAAAUUGUCUUCAGUCACUUUAUGGGGAUGCCUUUCCUCCUUCUCCUAGGAAGGGAAGGUCUCCCGUUAAUCGAUAUCGCAAGUUUAGGGACCGCCCAAGUCCUUUGGGACCACUUGGGAAGCCCCAAAGUUUGGUUUGUGAGGAAUUGAGUUCAAGGGCACAAGAACAGCAAAGUGCUACGGAAUUGCAUUCACUUGGCAGCAGACCUCCAGCUGAAGUUGCUUCUGUUGAAGAGGGGGAAGAGGUUGAGCAGGUGGCGGGGAGCCCAGGUGUUCAAAGUAGAAGCCCAGUUACUGCUCCUCUUGGUGUUUCCAUGAAUUUAGGUGGAGCUCGUAAAGCUCUUUCAAGUUUUACUGUCUGUGGUAGCCACCAUCAGGAGACCUGUGUGAACAGCGGUGAGCUGCCUGAUACAAGAUCAUUAAGAAGCCGCUUGGAGCAGAAGUUGGGGAUGGAAGGGAUUAAUGUUUCAAUGGAUUGUGUUAAUUUGUUGAACAAUGGGUUGGACACGUAUUUGAAGAGGUUGAUUGAGCCGUGUAUGGGCUUAGCUAGCUCAAGGUGUGGAAAUGGUCACUUGAAAAUGGUUAAUGGCCAGUUAUUACCUGGCUUGGAUGGGAGGUUACCUGGGAGAUACAUGCAGAGACGGACAGAAUCUGUGUAUGCAUCCAUGUUGGAUUUUCAUGUUGCAAUGGAGGUGAAUCCCCAAAUACUUGGAGAAGAUUGGAUUAUAUUACUUGAGAAAAUUUCACUGCGUGCUUCUGAAGAGUGAUAAAUAUCUUCGUAUCAAUUGGUAGGAAUUCCACAGUUGCUGCAAUGGGAUACCAGGCUAUCUGAUGAUCAGUUUUUUGAACUAAUGGUUUACUCCAGUUUUGCUCUCCACUUGUUACAAAGCAUUAUAGUCAAGCCAAAGGGAAUAAGUUGUAGAAACUGUGGAAAUUUUAGAUCAGAUGCAAGGUUGCCUUCAAAUGCCAUAAAUGAUGAUUAUUGAAAGGAUACAUGUUUAUACAGUAAAAUGUAAAAUUAGAUACAGGUUAGAGCUCACUAUUUUAAGAAAUUCACGCCAUUCUUCAAUUAAGAAGAUUUUCCUUUUCUUCCCAUGCCUCUAAUGUACUGAUUUAUCAAUGCAAUAAAGCAACAUCGAUUUUGGAAUGA